AUGGACUUCCCACUGAUACGAGCGGAACGACCGCCCAUCGAUGCGACGAAUUUCAUAAACGGCAUCCUCGGGAAUCGAAGACCGCACGUGCCGGAGAAGAAUGUACCAGGCGGGGGCAAUUGGGUGGUGCAGAAGUUUGGUGGUACGAGUGUCGGGAAGUUUGCGGUGAAGAUUGCGGAGGAGGUUGUGAAAGCGGGCCUCGACCCCAAGACCGACCGGCGCAUCGCGAUUGUGUGUUCAGCGCGGAGUACUUCCACCAAAAGCGAGGGGACCACGAACCGACUUGUACGAGCUGCGCAUUUCGCUGAGGAGAAGGGAUCGGGCCAGUUUCAUGGCAUUGUGGAAACGAUACGAGUGGAUCACAUCCAGGCCGGGAAGGAAGCGUGCAAGAGAUGUGGAGAACAUGGCAGUAAUAAGAUUCUGGAGGCAUACGAGGCAGAGGUGAACAGAGAAUGCCAGCUUCUCGUCAAGAUUCUGGAGAGCGCGCAGUUCCUGGGGGAUGUGACAGAUCGUACGAACGAUAUGAUCAUUUCGGUGGGAGAGAAGCUGAGCUGUCUGUACAUGACUGCGCUGCUGCAGAGCAGAGGCGUGCCGGCUGCGUAUGUGGAUUUGAGCAAUAUUAUCUCGUUGGAGAUUGCGAAGACGGUGGAUGAGACGUUUUACAAGCACGUGGGAAAGGCUAUUGCGGCGUACAUCUACAAGCUGGGACCGGAUACGGUGCCUGUCAUUACUGGAUACUUCGGAAACGUGCCAGGAGGCCUUCUAAACUCCAUUGGAAGAGGAUACACAGACCUCUGCGCCGCAUUGACAGCAGUAGGCCUCGGAGCACAGGAACUCCAAAUCUGGAAGGAAGUCGACGGCAUCUUCACAGCAGAUCCUCGCAAAGUCGCCAAUGCGCGACUACUGGACUCCGUCACCCCCAGCGAAGCUUCAGAACUGACAUUCUACGGCUCCGAAGUCAUCCACCCCUUCACCAUGGACCAAGUCGUCCAGGCCCUGAUUCCUAUCCGCAUCAAGAAUGUCAUGAACCCCAAGAACAAAGGCACCAUCGUCCUCCCCGACCCCGAAGACGAACUCCGUGUGCGACGUCCGGGCCUCUUCCGUGGACGUUCGUCAUCGAAUCUCCUCAACCAAGAGAAAGCACGGCGACCCACGGCCGUGACCACGAAGCGUGGCAUUACAGUGCUUAACGUGCACUCGAAGAAGCGCACGCGCGCCCACGGCUUCCUCAUGUCCAUCUUUCAGAUUCUAGACAAGAAUGGCCUCUCCGUCGAUCUCAUCUCCUCGUCAGAAGUUCACGUCUCAAUGGCGCUGCACUCCGAAAUCGCGCUUCUCUCCGGCCACAGCGAGGAGGAGAUGAAGAUCGAAUCUGACGCCUUGCAAGCCGCUGUCGAUGCCCUCAGUGUCUGGGGAGAUGUGGAUCUCGUCCCCGGCAUGGCAAUCAUAUCGCUGGUUGGACGACAGCUUCGGAGUAUGGUCGGGAUUUCUGGACGUUUCUUCAGCACGCUGGGAGACCAUGGGAUCAAUAUUGAGAUGAUAUCGCAAGGAGCUAGCGAAAUCAAUAUAAGUUGUGUGAUUGAGGAGGCGAAUGCGGAUCGAGCGUUGAAUGUGGUGCAUACGAAUCUUUUUACGUUUCUGGAAUAA